AUGUCAAAGUACGCGUGGUACGUAAAGGUUACCGAUGCGGCUCACCGCUUAACGGUCCUUACUUUAGUUGGAGGCACCCUGUACAUGACUGGUGGUCUUGUGUACACUAUGUACAGCAACGGGAAGCGUGUUGAAAGUGAACUGGCGAAGCAGAAGGAAGAGGCUUCUAUCAAGGGCUGA